GCGCCCGGCCGCCGCCUUCCUGCGUUUAGGACCGGGCCCUGGAAGUGAAGAGGACCCUCCACCUGGCCUUGUCCACACGUUUGCAGUGGGAAUGGUUCUGCGUUUCCUCGGUUUCCCCAGGGUUCAUUGCCACAGAGCUUCGGGAUGCUAUCACGAACUGAAAUACACAGAUAAUUAGAAAGUUCACAUGGUGUAAGCCUGUGGUGAGGUUAAAAAAAAUGUCACAUUUCAGCAUUGAUACCUGAAAGCAGCAUGCGAAUUUCAGGCCACAUGGAUAAAGGCCAACCUAGAGUACAUUUCCUGUGUGCAUCCUGUGACAUUCUAGCUGGGACCAUCCUUCAGAGUUCAUGCAUCUUACUGAGGACACCUGACCUUUUGAAGCUUCAUAAUUCACGGCUAGAUGUCACCAGUCUUUCCCAUGUUAACAGUUCUGACUAUGUUUUAUUAUAUGUGCCUUCGGCGCCGAGCCAGGACAGCUACGAGGGGAGAAGUGAUGAACAGCCACAGAACUGUAGUACCGAACAACCGGACUUCCCCUCUCACUACAGAGCUGGUCCAGUAUGCCAAAGAAGUGGUGGACUUCAGUUCCCACUAUGGGAGUGAGAAUAGCAUGUCCUAUACCAUGUGGAAUUUAGCAGGUGUACCAAAUGUAUUUCCAAGUUCUGGUGACUUUACUCAGACAGCUGUGUUUCGAACUUAUGGAACAUGGUGGGAUCAAUGUCCAAGUGCUUCUUUGCCAUUCAGGAGGACACCAUCCAAUUUUCAGAGCCAGGACUAUGUGGAACUUACUUUUGAACACCAGGUGUAUCCUACAGCUGUUCAUGUUCUGGAAACCUAUCAUCCUGGAGCAGUCAUCAGAAUUCUGGCAUGUUCCGCAAAUCCUUAUUCCCCAAGUCCUCCAGCUGAAGUAAGAUGGGAGAUUCUUUGGUCAGAGAGACCUACGAAGGUGAAUGCUUCCCAGGCUCGCCAGUUUAAACCUUGUAUUAAGCAGAUAAAUUUUCCCACAAAUCUUAUACGACUGGAAGUAAAUAGUUCUCUUCUGGAUUAUUACACCGAAUUAGAUGCAGUUGUGCUACAUGGUACGAAGGACAAACCACUGCUUUCUCUCAAGACUUCCCUUGUUGACAUGAAUGACCUAGAAGAUGAGGACUAUGAAGACAAGGAUGCCUGUGGAAUAGACAGUCUUAACAAAAAGUUAAACAGUGCUGCUCUUGGGGAAGGGCCAAACAAUGGAUAUUUUGAUAAGCUACCUUAUGAGCUCAUUCAGCUAAUACUGAAUCACCUCACAUUGCCAGACCUGUGCAGACUGGCACAGACUUGUAAACUACUAAACCAGCAUUGCUGUGACCCACUCCAGUACCUCCACCUCAAUCUGCAGCCAUACUGGGCGAACCUAAAUGAUACUUCUCUCGAGUUUCUCCAGCCACGAUGCACCCUUGUCCAGUGGCUUAACUUGUCUUGGACUGGCAAUAGAGGCUGCAUCUCUGUAGUAGGAUUUAGCAGGUUUCUGAAGGCAUGUGGAUCUGAAUUAGUACGCCUCGAAUUAUCUUGCAGCCAUUUUCUUAAUGAAACUUGCUUAGAGGUUAUUUCUGAGAUGUGUCCAAAUCUACAAGACUUAAAUCUCUCCUCCUGUGAUAAACUACCACCUCAAGCUUUCAACCACAUUGCCAAGUUAUGCAGCCUUAAACGACUGGUUCUCUAUCGAACAAAAGUAGAGCAAACAGCACUGCUCAGCAUUUUGAACUUCUGUUCAGAGCUUCAGCACCUCAGUUUGGGCAGUUGUGUAAUGAUUGAAGACUAUGAUGUGAUAGCCAGCAUGAUAGGAGCCAAGUGUAAAAAACUCCGGACUCUGGAUCUGUGGAGGUGUAAGAAUAUUACAGAGAAUGGUAUAGCAGAACUGGCUUCUGGGUGUCCACUUUUGGAGGAACUUGAUCUUGGCUGGUGCCCAACUCUGCAGAGUAGCACUGGGUGCUUUGCCAGAUUGGCACGCCAACUCCCAAACUUGCAAAAGCUCUUUCUAACAGCUAACAGGUCUGUAUGUGACACAGACAUAGAAGAACUGGCAUCUAAUUGUACCAGGUUACGACAACUGGACAUACUAGGAACAAGAAUGGUAAGUCCAGCAUCCCUGAGGAAACUCCUGGAAUCUUGCAAACAUCUGUCCUUACUUGAUGUGUCCUUCUGCUCCCAGAUUGAUAACAGGGCUGUGCUGGAGCUCAGAGCAAGCUUUCCAAAAGUGCUCAUAAAAAGGAGCUUUACUCAGUGACUUUAUGUGUGCACUGUCAUUGACAUCAACAUGCUUUAUUUGUGUUCUGUUACUGAAAUCAUCAUGCUUCAGUGGGUUUAGCUUUAUAAUAGUAAGAAUCAAGACACUGUAGAUUUAUAAAAAAAAAUUACCUAUUGAGUCAAUGACAAUGUAAAUAAAUAUGCAAUAAUAUAAGCACUUUUCUUUAAGAGUAUGAAUGAGGCUGGGGAGAUGGCUCAGUCAGUAAAGUACUUGUCCUACAAGCAUGAGGACCCAAGUUCAGUCACAAGAACCGUCCCCCCCACACACAAAUGUAGAUGAAUUAUGUGAAUGGCUGAUGUUAUUUUUAUAUUAUGUUAAUCAGUGGGAUGCUCUAAUAAAAAACUUUGUGAUGAAAGAAUAAUAUGAAAACAUUUUAUUUUUAGAGUAGUAGUUUGAACAAUAAAGUUUAACCAUGGUUAUGAAUAAAUAAGUUGAUUUUGCACA